AUGUCGAAAAGGUUCCUGGGACAUCGUACCCCUUCCACUUCCGACACUGGUAGGAAUCCCACUAGCUUUAGCCGCAAAGAAGAGGAGGAACAAAAAGACCAGGUUUCAAGGUUGUAUGAGCUUGGACUGCUCAGCGACUCGGAUAAGAGAUCAAGGAGGCGAGAGAAAGACAAGGUCAAGGGUCCAUUUGGUGGAGCUUGCGUUGCAGGAUCCCGUUCCAAAAAGGACAAUCGCAAAAUUUUAGAAUUCUUUCCUGAGAACUCCAAUACGUCGUUUUCCUCGGCCUCAUUUCUAGCCAGCAAGGCAAAUCGUGAUCUCAAACAGCGAGCCGGUGGUGGAAUGACAGGAAUGUUGGACACGGAUAGAACUCGCAACAGGAGGGAGAGGACGUUUGUUGGAAGUGAAUGUUCUGUGUGUGAAGAACCAUUGGAACACACACUCCGCGGUGAACGAAUACUACAGUUUUCAUGUGGCCAUGUUUCACAUGAGGCAUGUUUCUACGAGUACAUCAAGGAGAGUGAAGCUCAAUAUUGCCCAACUUGCAAUGCGCCAUUAGGUCUAGAUACGAGUCGAGGAGGCAAUGUUCUUGACAUUGGUAAGACUUUCAAAAAUGUUUCGGCCAGCGAUCAGUCCGCGAGAUCCACCCCCACACCCUCGAAUUGGGAAUCCCAAACUGUACGGCCGCCCAGCCGCGAAUCUAAUGCUCGAACUACAAGAACAAGAGCGAAUAGCCAGGACACUCAUCCUAGGGAAAAUAGCAGAGAUAAUGGUAGCAACAGAGAUAGCAGGGAAAGUAGAGAGCGCAUGGAACGAUAUCCGCCACCGUCAAGAACUUCACAUCAAAGGAAUGAUAGCGGGAAUGCUCCAUCAUCUGUUGGUUAUCCAGAGACCGCAAUCAGUGGUCCACCCCGCCGCCAUGACUACGACGUGCAAGCAAUGGAGUCAAAUAUUAUGAGUCCUCGAGCGAGUGUCACGAGAAAUCCCAUACCGGCUCCAGUCGUUAGCAUCCGUUCUGAGUUUCCAACCCUAAAUAGGUCGAGACAACAGCAAACUUUGACUUGUCUUAUCACAAUUGAAGUACCGGACAAUAAGUGGCGACCCGACCCAGAUGACAUUCGAAGCGCUCCUCCACUACCCAACAUCCGCCCCGAAGACACCUAUGCCAGGCCUCCCUCUCCUGCCCAAAGUGCACCACGGUUCUAUCCUUACGAAUCUCCCGAGGUCUUGGACGAAAUUACAGAGGGAUUGCGAAACCGCGUUGAGAAUUGGCACGGUCUUGAUUUCAACAGAUUCGGAAAAUUGCGACUGUACGGAACUAUUCGAGUUGGGAAAGACAAACAAUCUUGGCAGGAACUGGAAUGUUUCUUGUUUGCGGAAAUGCUUAUUUGCGUGAAAGAAAAGAAAGUUUCAUCGUCACAACCUUGGGAUGAGUCUAAUGGGGUUCGAAAAAGCACUCGAUGCACUCUCAAAGGUUCAAUAUUAAUCAAGAAGCAUUUGAAUGAAGUGACCGAAUCUGGAUCUGGUAAUUCUCUUGGACAAACAGAAAAGAUCACCGCAACUAACUUACGGCCUAAUGAAGAUAAUAAUAUAUUGACCUUGAGCCUUUCCGUGGCGGAGCUCCCAUCCUUCCAUCUCAAAUUCGACAACCGCAAUCAACUUAAGUUAUGGCAACAGGCCUUAUUAGAUCUGAACGCAAUUGAAGGAUCUCCAGCACGAAGUCCAGAUUACGAUUUCUCCGAGCCUGAAGAAGAAGAGUGGAAUCGCGAUUCCACAGGGCCACAGCGAGUAUCGGUUAAUUCGUCGGGUUAUGGAGGUAGAUCUGCCACCACUGUGCCGACAGAGUACACUGUGGCUCCCAGAGGCUUACGACUACCUGCCCCAAUCCACGUUCCAGUCGAUAUUGUUGUUGUAAUCCCAAUCUCAUCUUCAAUGCAAGGUGUGAAGAUUAGUCUUGUAAGAGAUGCGCUUAAAUUCAUGGUUUCUAAUCUUGGAGAUCGUGAUCGCAUGGGUUUGGUAACCUUUGGUUCUAGUGGUGGUGCGGCACCACUUGUAGGAAUGACAAGUAAGACUUGGAAUGGAUGGCAGCAAAUCCUGGCUUCUAUUAGACCAGUUGGUCAAAAGAGUCAUCGAGUAGAUGUUGUCGAGGGCGCGAAUGUUGCAAUGGAUCUUCUCAUGCAACGAAGGUCAAACAACCCAAUCGCUACAAUUCUUCUGAUAAGCGACUCCUCUACAUCUGAUGCGGAGAGCGUAGAUUUUGUGGUAUCGAGAGCUGAGGCAGCAAAGAUUGCUGUUCACUCCUUCGGACUAGGCAUGACCCAUAAACCAGACACCAUGAUAGAAUUAUCAACGCGAACGAAGGCUUCCUACACAUAUGUCAAAGACUGGAUGAUGUUGCGAGAAUGUCUUGCAGGUUGUCUCGGAUCCCUUCAAACAAUGUCACAUCAAAAUGUGAAAUUAAAACUUCGACUUCCUGAAGGAUCGCCAGCUAAAUUUGUCAAGAUUAGCGGAGCUCUACAGAUCACUAAACGUGCAACAGGUAAAGACGCCGAGGCUUCUUUGGGAGACCUCAGAUUUGGUGAUAAGAGGGAUAUUCUAGUACAGCUAGUUAUUGCUCCAGAUAAUGCUUCUCAGGAACAACUAGCGCAAGACCCAUGGGACUCUAUAGUUUCUGGUCUUGAGGCACUUGGUGGCCCAAUUGAUCAAGAAGACCAACGAGUUAUGUCAGUAGAGGAGGUUCCUUUGAUUCAAGCAGAUUUAACCUGGGGCGAUAUCCUCCGAGAUGGAACACUUACUCAUUUGCCCCGCCCUUCACUGUUAGCAAUAACUAUGCUUCCUGCUUCGACAAAUCAAAAGAAGCAUACUACCUGGAAUAGCGCUCCACCCAUUCCGCCACAUCCAAGCGUCGUCCAACGCCGUAUGGAACUUCUCACAUCCGAUAUGCUUACACGAGCUCUCACCUUGGUUUCUCGUGGUCAACAUGAUCGUGCACAACACCUUUUGAGCGAGACACGUUCUAUCUUGAAAGGUCUAGGAAAAGGUGGUCUACCUCCAAUUCCACCACCACCUUCGAAAUCACCAAAUAAUCUCUCAUCCCGCACUGGUUCUUCGUCCCCCACAAGCCGCACUCCCGAGCGACGCCGCACCCCUUCACCAACAUCUGCUACUACGAUUAGCUCAAACCACACCCUUGGUCCCAUCCCUCGACACCAGUCAAACGACGCGCUCUCGGCAGUUGCUACAGCACCUGGUAUUGAUCCGAACACUGUUUCAGCUCUCGAUGCUGAGUUGGAGGCAAGUUUAGAAUGGAUCAAUCACCCUGCUGUAUUUGGCAGGGACAACAGGAAAGCAGUACUUCAGGCUAUUGGUGUUAUCAGCAGUCAGCGAGGAUAUACCUUCCGAACGCCAGUCGAAAGCCUAUGGGCAGGUCGGGUCAGUGGUAUCAAGAGAAUGACUGAGAGAAGUCGGGAGUGGAGAGAGGAAGGGGGUGGUGAGGUUGGGAUCACAGAAGAGAGCUAA